AGGAGGAGGAAAAAACUGUUUUACAUAGGUCGGUCUCGGGCAUUUCUUUUUGAAAAAAGAAAUUGUGUUUCAGCCAGCUGUUUAUAGGCUACCAAAGGCUACUCAAUAGAGGUUAGCAAGUGUUCUAUAUAUUUAAUGAAAGUUAAUUACAUGCCAGAACUCCUCCGAUUGACUAUAAAUUAUCAGUCGCAAAGCGGAAGCGGCAUUUUUUCUUCAUAUCAUUCUGAAGGAUAACCAUCACCAUUGGAUAGAGCUAAUUCUACGUGAACAGGGUGGCAAAGGCUGAGAUUAUUGUAAGAAUGGCAUGAACCUGAUUCUUGGACACAGGAAGCCGACCCACAGAGUUGAGGGGUGGCAGAAAAACUGAAAAUGACACUUGGGCCAGAUACAACACCACAUUUUGGGCUGGUGGCAGGUGGCGUACUCCUGCUCUUCCUGAAGAAUAGCCCUGCCAGAGCUGGAAAUGCUACAGUCACCAGUAGUCCGUUCAGAAACUCAAAUACCUCGACUACCACAAGCCCCCAGGAUGUUGUAGUCAUCGUGGUUCCCAUAGUGGUGCUGAGUCUGUUAGCCAUCAUCGCUGCAGUCUUGGCGUACCUCUUCAUCGUGGUGAGGAAGAAGAGACAGACGGAGGGCACGUACCGGCCGAGUGCCGAGGAGCAGAGCGGGGCACACAACGUAGCCGUGCCCGAUGCCCUCAAACUGCCCAAAGAGGAACGGCUGAUCUGAUGCACUAGCAGGAUUCUAAGCACUGCCACCGUCCGAGAGAUGUCACAGUUUGCUUACAAAAGGGAGUGGUGCCUUCGUCCAAAAACGUUCUGUAGGGGCUGCUGGACUAUUAUGGGGUGUGUCAGUAAAAGCACAGAGGCAGCUGUGCAUGGAUUAAUAAAUAUCCAUGUGAUGUCAUCGGACUGCUCACUAUUAAAGUGGAGAUACGACAGAAGCAUACGCUGUCAUCAUCCCUCUCACAUGAUUUCCAAGAGGCCACCUACGGAUGUGAUGUCACUCAUAGCCGUAUGAUACAAGGAAUUGACGUUGGGUUGGUCGGUGACUAGAGGUGGAAAACUUCAACACUGACCAGAAGGAUCAUUUCAUUGAAGGAUAAGACUUAACAAAAUGUACCCUGUGGGUAAGCUUAAGCUUGAAGGACCGCAAGAGGAGAUUCUUGUGGUACCAAAGAGCAGAUGUUCCUCAUCUGUUUUGGGAUUCCUGUGGCACUAGCCUAACUGUUAGCUCUAGUAACUGCUGCUGCUAUAGCUUAGUGAACUAGUGCUUGUUUGAAACACACAAACAGCACACAGACAUUUCAUUCUGGCUAUUUGGGAUGUGUGAAAUCCCAAAUUACAGUUUUUACUAACAACUUUACUUAAAUUUUUCAAAUGUUUCUUUAUUUUUAACUUUUUUAGAGAUGUGAUCGGUGUUUAAUGUAUGUGACACUAAUGGCCGUCAUAGUAAUGGAAAUAUCAUUGGAAAGUUUCAUGUAUCAUAAUUUGAAUGUAGAGGUAGGUAGAAAUGUGGUGUUUACACUUGAAUCGUUUUACCGUUCAUUUCAAUCAGACAUUUCUUGAUAACAAUCAAUACAUGCACAAACCUCUUGCAGUUUACUUUGAACACUAAAAUUACGACUUUGGAAUUACUCCGACACUUUAACUUAUUCAGCUGUAAUUACAACGUGAUCUCCGUCUAAUUUGUGAAUGUUACAUUAAAUAGUCAU